AGAGGCAGCGCUUCCGGGUCAAGGCUUGACCUUGUCCGCCCGUGCCCUCCCGGCCGCGCUCAAGAUGGCGGAGGCGCCCUACAAGCCGGCGCCCCUCUUCCCGCGCCCGCCCCAGCUCGACCCGGCCCAGUACGACGCCUCGCCCCAGCAGCGCGCCGCCGAGGCCGAGCGCGUCGCCAUCCGCUCCCGCCUCAAGCGCCACUACCUGCUGGAGCUCAACGACCCCCGGAGGACCAGCAUCGUGAGUGGGGCCAGUCGGGGGGCCAGGGCAGCGCGGCCCAAACUGCGGUCGGACUACAACUCCCAUCACUCCUUGGCCCUGGUCCUGGCAGCGAGGGAUGAUGGGAGUUGUAGUCCGACCGCAGCUGGAGAGAGACCCCCAGGUUUGGGGAAGAAGGCUGCUUUAGGGCCUUGGGGACCCCUAAGCUCAGUUUAAAAUGAAGGCAAGAGAAGGAAAC